AUGGAUAUCUUUCCAGAAACAUGGGAUGCAUUCAAGGAGACGAUUCGGCAGCUUUAUGUCGAGGAGAAUCUAUCCAUUGCUGCUUUGAUGCAGGUCAUGGAGUCCCAGCACUCUUUCCAAGCAACGGGCAUUCAAAGUCGGAAGCAAUACCUGAGCAGGAUUGUCAGGUGGGGGUUCAACCGGAAUAUUAAGGCUGAAGUUAUGAUCCAAAUCGCUAUCAUCAGAGAGAAGAGAAGAAAACUAGAGGGCAAGCCUACCGUGUUUACAUACAACGGCCGUGAAGUAGACGAGCGAAAGAUUGAACGAUUCAUCCGAGACAAACUUGGAAAUGGUCAACUUGACCGCAUAAUAUCCACUCCAGCUGGCGUUACUUAUGGACCUCCUGGCGGUAUGGUUGACGUUGAUGUUGACGGGGACGCGGCCAUGUUGAUUCCAGAACCAAUCGACCACGAACCUCCAGGUAUGGCAGAGAUGCCUCGCGCAGUCUUAUGGGUACUUGGUGCGGCAAGGCCUCUUCGGGACGAAGAAUUAGCCAUCGCGUGUGCGAUCAUGGAAGAUAAGGACUUGCAUGAUUAUUUGCCUGCUAUUCCCCCGUCUUGGACUCUGGGUAUAUUCCAAACGGACGAGAAUAAUUUUAUUGUACCAUCAUCAAAUGCCGGUGAAGCAUUAGCACAGCUUAUCCCCACCGCCGACCACGAUAACCUGAUUCUGGAAACUAUCCUUAAAGGCGUGACGCAGGAUAAAUAUCUCGGAGGUAUCUUGAAAGGACCAAUAAUCCGUCAUCGAUUCAAAUCCGAAGCCCCAGCGACCAUGCAACGCCAGGCAUGGUGGAACUUCCUGCAAUAUGCAACGCUUUACUGGCCGUCACAUCUUUGUCGCAUUAGCAAUCCAUUGGCACCGGAUACCGAGGCCGCUUUAAAUCAGUUGUCUACCGUGACUGUAGACGGUGAUAUCUUCGGCCCGAGAACAUUAAUUAAUGAACUGGAAAAGACUACAAAAGCAAUGCGCCAUAUGGAAACACUUAAAUUUGGCCCUGACAACGUCACGCUUCUUCACACCCGUGGGAUUUAUAACGUGGAGACCCAAGCUCAUGUCAAGCCUCAGCAUCCAGUGGAUCGUUCCCUUGAAAUAGAGUCGGCAAUUGUUUCACCCGACUGCACUAUGACAGUAUUAGCUGUGAUUUCUGGCGGCAAGCUCCCCCGGAGUCCCAGGACGAGCCGCUCCAUUGAUCUCUGGACGUACUCAAAUUUGCAAACCCCAGGUGGGAUAAACAAGGUCCUUAGUGGAACUGAAAAUCUAUUUGCCGUGAGCAAGUCCAGUCGUUUCUUGGCCUUUACGCAAAAAUUACCAGCGGAGAGCAAAUUAGCCAAGGAUGGUGGAUCUAGCAAGCGCCUAACAUAUGGCUUCUUCGUUCUAGAUACUAAAUCCGGGUACAAGCACCAACUAUUUUCCUACGACAAGGCAGCGUUGUCUCUGACCCCUCCCCGCGCAGAGAUGGCGUUCUUUGGAAAUUGCGAGACUGAGCCUACUCUAUUCGUCCUUAUGCGUACUAGCAUCGAGGGUGGAAAGGAAGGCCGAACCUGGCGGCGAACGCUGGCGGGCUGGGUGAAUAUAGGCCUUAUCCGCACCAAUUGGAAACAUUUACCUAAGAAGUUCAAUGAUGAUGAUACGGCAGUCAUAGGAAUUCAUCGAGAAGGAAUGUUCUCUGCCAAAGUUCAGGGGCAGCACGACUUCUGUCAUUGCAUAGAGAAGAGUGAUUUUUCGGAUGAAAAGCGCCAUGAUGGGAAACACUACCAGAUUGGGGGCAGACUGUGGAAGUUCGGUGAUGAGGCUUGCUUGAGUGUGGAAUUCAAUUUCUCUUCACCUGCAGGGCUAAAUUCAAUAAAAGAUAUUUGGAUACCUUCGCCUGGAGACUUUAUAUACUUCACGCCCCUUGGUGGGCUGGGCCGAUUCUCGUCGCAGGUCAAUACUAAUGACAGCGUGGUGGACGCUACUCGCCACAUUCAGGAGUACCAUCCCACCAACCGAAACAUUAUUUGUAUUUCUAGCGACGGCCGGUAUAAGCUGGCAGCAUUAUUUCAGCCUCAGACAAUGAUAAUCGGCGAAACAAACGCGACUAUGUCACUCCGCCUCGAAGUUUUCGGAAAUUGGGGGUUAACUAACUGCCUUCGGACAUUUCUAUUUUGUUGCGAGUGGCUUAUUACCGAGGACGAAGAUGAAGAAGAAUUAUUUAGCGAUGCAUCACGGGCGAUCGAUGCCGCUUUCCAUCCUUACCUGCCGAUUCUGGCUGGUAGUAGGCCCAUAUUCAUCGACGGCAUGUACCCCCGUUCUCAUCAGUUCACGCUGCAAGAUGAAAAUAAAAGACACUAA